AUGUGGCAGUGGAACAGAAGCAUGCUCUCUGCUGCUGAGCCCCCCAGGGGUACACCCACCCAUACACCACAGCAUGAAGACCCACCUGGAGAGUACGACCCCCGUCACACUCCUCCAUCACCCACCUGGAGAGUACGACCCCCGUCACACUCCUCCAUCACCCACCUGGAGAGUACGACCCCCGUCACACUCCUCCAUCACCCACCUGGAGAGUACGACCCCCCGUCACACUCCUCCAUCACCCACCUGGAGAGUACUACACCCGUCACACUUCCCCAUCACCCACCUGGAGAGUACGACCCCCCGUCACACUUCCCCAUCACCCACCUGGAGAGUACUACACCCCGUCACACUCCUCCAUCACCCACAUGGAGAGUACGACCCCCCGUCACACUUCCCCAUCACCCACCUGGAGAGUACUACACCCUGUCACACUCCUUCAUCACCCACCUGGAGAGUACUACACCCGUCACACUUCCCCAUCACCCACCUGGAGAGUACGACCCUCCGUCACACUCCUCCAUCACCCACCUGGAGAAGUACGACCCCCCGUCACACUCCUCCAUCACCCACCUGGAGAGUACGACCCCCGUCACACUCCUCCAUCACCCACCUGGAGAGUACUACACCCGUCACACUUCCCCAUCACCCACCUGGAGAGUACUACACCCGUCACACUUCCCCAUCACCCACCUGGAGAAUACUACACCCCGUCACACUUCCCCAUCACCCACCUGGAGAGUACUACACCCCGUCACACUUCCCCAUCACCCACCUGGAGAGUACUACACCCCGUCACACUUCCCCAUCACCCACCUGGAGAGUACUACACCCUGUCACACUCCUCCAUCACCCACCUGGAGAGUACUACACCCUGUCACACUUCCCCAUCACCCACCUGGAGAGUACUACACCCUGUCACACUUCCCCAUCACCCACCUGGAGAGUACUACACACUGUCACACUCCUCCAUCACCCACAUGGAGAGUACGACCCCCCGUCACACUCCUCCAUCACCCACAUGGAGAGUACGACCCCCCGUCACACUCCUCCAUAUGGAGAGUACGACCCCCCGUCACACUCCUCCAUCACCCACCUGGAGAGUACGACCCUCCGUCACACUCCUCCAUAUGGAGAGUACGACCCCCCGUCACACUCCUCCAUCACCCACCUGGAGAGUACGACCCUCCGUCACACUCCUCCAUAUGGAGAGUACGACCCCCCGUCACACUCCUCCAUCACCCACCUGGAGAGUACUACACCCUGUCACACUCCUCCAUCACCCACCUGGAGAGUACGACCCCUGUCACACUCCUCCAUCACCCACCUGGAGAGUACUACACCCUGUCACACUCCUCCAUCACCCACCUGGAGAGUACGACCGCUGUCACACUUCCCCAUCACCCACCUGGAGAGUACUACACCCCGUCACACUUCCCCAUCACCCACCUGGAGAGUACUACACCCUGUCACACUCCUCCAUCACCCACCUGGAGAGUACUACACCCUGUCACACUUCCCCAUCACCCACCUGGAGAGUACUACACCCUGUCACACUUCCCCAUCACCCACCUGGAGAGUACUACACACUGUCACACUCCUCCAUCACCCACAUGGAGAGUACGACCCCCCGUCACACUCCUCCAUCACCCACCUGGAGAGUACUACACCCUGUCACACUCCUCCAUCACCCACCUGGAGAGUACGACCCCUGUCACACUCCUCCAUCACCCACCUGGAGAGUACUACACCCUGUCACACUCCUCCAUCACCCACCUGGAGAGUACGACCGCUGUCACACUUCCCCAUCACCCACCUGGAGAGUACGACCCCCCGUCACACUCCUCCAUCACCCACCUGGAGAGUACGACCCCUGUUACACUCCUCCAUCACCCACCUGGAGAGUACUACACCCUGUCACACUCCUCCAUCACCCACCUGGAGAGUACUACACCCUGUCACACUCCUCCAUCACCCACCUGGAGAGUACGACCACCCCGUCACACUUCCCCAUCCCUCAGUGACCUGAGGGUGCCAGCGUAG